UUGUAGCGUAGAAGAAGAGCCGCAGCUUUGCUGAAAGCAACUCUGUUAGCGGCUGUAGGUAACGUGAUGUCCACAACCUCCAAAGUGGUUCUGGGAGUUUCUGUGGUUCUGACUCUGAGCACCGUGGGAGCCGUGCACCUCAAACAGUCCUGGGACAGAGAGCGUCUCCACGAGGGUGUGGUCAGGGAUCUGGAGCGAGUCCAGAGAAAGAAGGAGAAUCUGAGGCUUCUGGAGGAACAGAGGACUCUAACCCGACAACUGGAGGCGGAGAGGCGGAGCAAAGAGUCUGAGCUCCACCCACAGGACCACACCCACCACUAACGCAGAUUGGACAUGGACAGCGGCAGCGAGCAGCUGGGCGGAGCUGAUGACGAGGCGGCGUGCACGUCGGCCUCGGAGGGUCUGGAGGAGGGUGAGGUGGAGGGCGAGACGC